GUAUACUGCCUAGAAUGUGUAUCAUUAUAUUUAUUCUUAGUCCCUCUGGUUGAAUGUAAACAGAAUUUUUCUGAAAUAUGAUGUGGCACAGGUUAAUUUACGCGGUGCGACUUUAGUCGAACGUGUGUUCAGUGAUAUAAUAUUAAUGAAUCUAUUGAUUUGGGAUAAUGAAAAUUGAUUAAACUGUGUUUUAAGACCCAAGAGUGAAACGGGUUUUUGUGCGCGGCUCUCUCUCUCUUUCUCUCUCUGUAUAGUCAGUACAGUGUAGUGAAGACGGUCUUUUCCUAGAAGUGCAAUGAGACACCUUUGGAAAAUCAACGUUUCCUUAUCGAGAUGAUGGGAAGAAGAUAGCAUCCAAAAUGCAUCAACGAAAACCAUCUCAAAAGAUGCAUAGACUGCCGUAUAUUUCAGGAAUUACUUUAUUAAAUAAUGAUACAAAUAAAAAGAAAUCAGAUUUUAGUAGCAUGUCGGAAUCUCAUGUGAAAUUGUGUAAUAAUAAUAAUAAUAAUAAUAAUAAUGAAUCGUCGAAUAGAUGUUGUGAAAGUAAUAAUAUAUUAUUAAAUGGUGAUUUGCCAUUUGGAAGAAAUUUUCAUGAUGAAGAAAAAGAAGGACACAUAUUUUUGACAAAAAAUUGUCAAGAAAUUCCAAGUGUUAAUUGUCAAUGUACAUCGUAUCGGCAAAAUGAAUAUUUUAUAAACGAUGUUAAAAGUGUUAAUAGUGAUAUGAACAAUCAUAAGGGACAAUAUCAAAAGUGGAAACACCGUUUAACAACUAGUGAACUUUUAUCUCACACUCGACUUGUAGAAAAAAAUGACAUCAUAUUGGAAAAAUCACCUUGCCGACGUUCUAACACUAUCGAAAGAUUACACAUGUGGAGGAUUCUUUUGGCCAUCUGUAUUGCCAUUCUUUGUACAACAUGCAAUGCAGAUCCCAGUGAAUGUGCUAAAGGCAUUAACACUCCUGGCUGGACAAUUCCAUCGGGAGAUAUUGUACUUGAAUAUGGAAAGCCUUUAAGAAUACAAUGUAUUUUGAAUCAAACAAUGCUGGAUGCCAAUUAUCCUGGAAAAAAUGUAUCUGACGUGGUCUUCUUUCGCAAUAACAAAGAAAUAGAACCAGAAUAUACUUCAGUUAUCAAUGAAACUAUACUCGAAAUGUAUAUCGAGAAACCACCUCCUUCGGAUGACAUGUAUUAUUGUAAAUUAAGAAUAACUGACGAACAUCAAAAAACAACGCAUCUUGCUGUCUGCUUAAACAAAGUCGUUAUAGGAUUCCAACCGCAAAAACCAUCAAAUUUCAACUGUAUCUCAUACAAUUGGGAAAAUAUGGUAUGUACAUGGGUUCCAAUUCACAACUACAUAACGACAAAGUACAGUAUAUUUUUCAAAAUACCUGGACGUGCUGGAAGAGGAAAAUUAUACCCCUGUCCUCAAGAAGAGCGUUAUAAUAAUUCUUGCACCUGGGAUAUAUCCACAAAUCCACUUUACAGACAGACUUAUGAAUAUUACAUUUUUAUACUUACUGGUGAAAAUGUACUGGGAAAUUUAAGCACGACAUACAAGAUUCAUCAUUUCGCUCAAGUUAUCCCAGCGAAACCGGCAAAUUUUACAUUGCUUAAUAAAACAUCAGAAAGCGUAUUCUUAUAUUGGAGUGCACCAUUUCCGGUGAACAAUUUCCCAAGUGGACUGCAUUAUAGACUGACUUAUCAAAAUCAAUGGGAUAGCCAAAAGUCUUGGCAAGUGAUUAAUUUCACUGAUCAAGUUCAAUUAAAACAAAAAUACUACAAUUUGACCGGAUUAAAAUAUGCCAACUCGGUUUAUGAUGUUCGUGUUUAUGCAAAAAGUUCACUGGCAGAGGACAAUAUGUGGAGUAAUUUUAGUGAUGUUACAUUUAGAACGUUGCCAAAAUUGCCGGAACUUCCUCCAAAAACUGACAUUGGCAGUUUUGAAUUAAUGGAAAACAACGGAUAUAGAGAUGUUUAUCUAUACUGGCAAACGAUUCCGCCUUAUCUAGAAAAUGGCGAUAACUUCCGAUAUCAAAUAUUACGCGUGGAUGCUGACGGUCGUAAAGUCUCCAUUCAACCUAGUGAAACAACGAGAACUUAUGCAAAAUUCAAAGGAAUCACAACUGGCAGUUAUCGUUUUGAAAUUGUCACGACAAACGUUGUGGGAGAUAGUAAAAAUACGUCAAAAAUAUUUGUACCCAGCCGCUCAGAAUUACCACGUGAACCGGUUACUUUUACAAAAAUAGCUUUCGAUGGUGGUACAUAUGAAUUGUCUUGGAAAUAUCCGGAAGAUGCGAAAAAAGAUAUAAUAAACUAUACAAUUUAUUGGUGCGACAAUGAACGUGAUCGUCCAUAUCAGUGCACUGGCUACCUCGAUUGGGUACAUGUUUCAAAGAAUACAUUUGUUUAUAAUAUGACAGUUCCUGAUCCCAAGAAAGUCUAUCAAUUUGCAAUUUCCGCAAAUACAUUAUUUGCUAGCAGCGGAAUGGUAUGGGCUUCAUGUACAGUGAUACACAAUAAAGUUGCAAGUAAAAUGAAAUCAGUAUGGAUAAACAAAAUUGGUUCCGAUUAUAUUGAAGUUGGUUGGAAAUUGGAUUGUUCAGAUCGUGUUGGAAUUGUCGAGGGUUUCAAUAUUUAUUAUUGUCCAAUUAUUGCGCCCUAUAAUCGAAAUUGUAAAGAGGCAAAAUUAAAUACAACAAUAAAAGCCGAUACAACAACUAUUCAUGGAGUGAUACAGUCACUUAAACCUUAUACAACGUAUAAAGUGACAAUUGCAGUUUUAACAAAACAUGGAGAAGGAUUACACAGUGAUCCACUUUAUAAUACAACAUUGGAAGCCGCUCCAAGUACACCGCCACAGAAUGUUGAAAUAAUUAAUUAUACAAAUACAACAAUAACAGUCACAUGGAAACCGCCAACGGCAAUGAAUGGUGUUUUACGCUACUAUGAAGUUUAUUAUAAUUGUUCGAAGAAAAUUCUUAAGAAAAGAGUUGAUGAAACAAAUCAUUUGGAAUUGGAAGGUUUUAAUGCACAACGUAAUCAUAGUAUUCAAAUUGAGCUUACUAAUUUAUAUGCUCAUGAGGAAUAUACAAUUGAAGUUGAAGCGUGUACAGUUGCUUGUAGCGCAAAAUCGAAAUUAAUAACGAGAAAAACUAAAAUUGGUACACCUGGUGUUAUAAUGAUUCCUCUUGUUAGAUUUGUCAAUUCGAGUCAAGUUAGAGUUACUUGGAAUAAUCCGGAAAUUUCAGCUGGAAAAUUGGAAUAUUAUCAAAUAUCUUCUAAUGAUGGAGAUAUACAAAACAGUUCAAAAAGAGAAAUUUUCCUUCCUAUUACUGAUUGUAAACGGGGAGGCCAAGAAAAAAUGUAUCAAUUUCGUGUUCGAGCUGUUAAUAUUGCUGAUAAUGAUAAGCAUCUAACUGGUCCAUGGUCAAAUACUGGGGAAGGCAAUUGUUACAGUAGCAGUCCUCCAUUAGCUGUGUGGAUUAUAAUUUGGGUAAUAGGCAUUCUGAGUUCAUUUGCUCUAUUACUUUGUCUCUUCUACACGUCCAAGAGAACGUGGCUGAAAUGCAUGUACAUGCGAGAUGUUGAUGUAAAACUUCCACAUGGAAUUGAGCCAAACAUGAAACUAUUGCAAAAGUUUGCUGAACAACACACGAGACAAUCGUCAGCUGAUUCAAGUGGAUGUUCAAGUGGUCAAGAAUCAGUGACCUCAUCGUUGACGUCCGAUUCUCAUGUUUCGAGUGACAGUGGCGCUGACGUUGAUCCAAUUGCCGUGUCUCCAAAUAAAUUACUUGAAAUUCCAACUUCUUGGAAUCCCACAAGUCUGAGACAGCGUAACGUUGGAAAUGCACGACCUGCAGGUGUCACUGAUUCAGCACGUUGGGAUUCUUAUGUGAAAGUGACAAAAUCCGGAGAUUCAAGUUUAACGGACACACAAUCAAUAGCACGUUCGACGCCAAAUUUAAGUGACAGUACAAGUUCCACAACAUCACAGCACACAUGGUCUUCUACUGGUUACAUGAGUAUGCCAUCCUCGGAGGAAAUUUCCAAUAAUCCAAGUCCAAUUCCUCACAAGGAUGUGAAAAAUCAAGGUUACAGUGUCGUGGGAAUGAAUCCAAAAAUGGAAAAUCAAGAAGAAAAUAAAGUACUUUCGACAAUAGAUGUAAAACCAACAAAUCCCUAUGUAAGUCUAGCGUCAUUGGAACAAAAACCAAAAAUCUUGAAUCCAAUGGAUCCUCUAAUGGAACUCGAGGAUAUUGCCUUCCCAGAAAUUGAGGAAUCAAUAAAUCAAGAGUCUUUCGCUGACAAAGUGUCAAAACCUUAUGUUCAAAGUGGUUUCACUGAAGUGAGCGAGAAACCAAAUGUAACUUUCAUACCAACAUUGCUCACAAAUAAGCCAAUUGUUUCUUCCACGACAAAUUCACCGACAGCCGUACAUUUUACAGACAUAACAUCAAAGCCCUACGUUACAGUUGCUUCAAUUUCAGAUUUAAGAAAUCCCAACAAAAUUCCCGAAACAUCAUCUAAACCCUAUGUUUCACCGUCUUCAGUCUUUCAAAUGUUACAACAACAGAAAAUCAAAGCACAGACUGAUUUUGUUGUUGAAGACAGUGAAGAGGGCACCUGGGAGCCUGAGGAGGAAUUAAAAAAACCAAAAUCCAUGGGCUAUGUAACAAUAUCGGAAAAUCCAAAACACGAGCAGCCGACAUUGCAGAAUCAACGAUUAAAUAGUAAUCAGUCCGAGGAACAAUAUAGUAAAGUAACACUAGCACCGAAUACAAUGCAGUGAUUAAAAAAAAAAAAAAAAACUUUAAAGCUUUGUUUAACAACAAGGCGUGUUUGAUCUCUCGAGGCAUUGUUCUCUAAAAGUGGAAUCUUACACGAUUUUGGUGAGUGUGCACGACUGAUAGUAAGUACGUCCUAGUUAUUUUUUUUUUUUGUACCCUAUUCAGAAUUCGGUUUCAUUUUCUUAAGACCGAAAUGCGAUUUGAAAUCGUAUUGAACUGAGUUUAUGCUUGACCGAGCACGCUGUACUCUUAUAAUUGUGUCCUCUCUUUUAUUAUGGAAAUAUGUACAAAUCACUUCUGUAUCAUAAAAACCGCGUUUACGUGACAAGAUAUUAUAUAGGGAAAAUUGUAGCCAUAUGAAGAAUUAAUGUAAAAUUUUAACUACAAGGCACAUUUCGCCAGGUUAAUGAUUCUCAAAAGAAUAAGGCAUAAUUUAAAAAAAAAAAACAAAUAUUCAAAACUUUCUUCUAAAAAGUAUACUGUUUUUACAUUUUUAAAUGUAAAAAAUGUUAUUUCAAUUUCUCGAUUGAAAUAUUUAGAAAAAAAUGGUUGUAUUUUUAACAAAAGUUGAUUUGUUAUCGUUACACUGAGAAAAAAAAUUUAUUUGAUUCAAAUAAUCGGUUACUUGACUAUUAUCAAAUAAAUAUUUACUUGAACCAAACAAUUUUUGUUUGAAUCAAAUAAACUGUAUUUGAACCAAUAAUUUCUGUAUUUGAAAAAAAUACCAUUUAAUUGAUUCAAAUAAUAAUUAUUUGAUACAAAUAAAUAUUUAUUUGAUAAGAGUCAAGUAAUCGAUUAUUUGAAUCAAAUAAAAUUUUUUUUUUCACUAUAUGUACUAAAUUUUAUCUUAAAAAGAAAAAUCAAGACACUAUCGUCGGGAAUUAUGCGACCUCUGCUUAAAAAAUCUUUAAAAAAAAAGUAAAUCUAAAAUUCUUUAAUUUUUAUUUUCUAAAAACUAAUAAAAUUCUGAAUGGCACCUUAAUUUUUCGAUUAGAUAUCUGAGAAAAACACAAUUUUCAUUGUUUUUACUUUUUUUUAUUUUACUUCUCUGGCGAAAAUUAAUAUUUUUCAACGUUCUUGGACUCAUUGGAAUUGUAUAUAUAUUUUUUAAUACAAUUUAUAUUAUUUAAAACAAUUCAUGUGCACGUUUUUCUUUAACGUAUGCAAGUCAUGAAAUUAAAAUUCAAUCCUAAAUCAAAAUCAAGUCAAUAGAUAAUUAAACUUCUCUGAUUAAUUUAAGUAAAUUUAGAAUUUAUUACACAUUUUACUGAUCAUUUUUUGUCAUUUAAAUAUUAAUAAUAAUUUUUCGACUUUUUUUAUUACACAAUUUUGAUGAGCCCAAGAACAAAAAUUAAAUAUUUUUUUUUUUUUUGUAAAAAUACUAAAAAAAAGAACAUUAAAAAAUAUUAAUUUUUGACAAAAAAUUUAAAAAAAUAGUAAAGACACUGAAAAGAGGAACAUUAAAAAAUAUUAAUUUUUGACACAGAAUUAAAAAGAAUAGUAAAAACACUGAAAAUUGAUUUUUUUUUAGAUAUCUGAAAAAUUAACGUAUUCUCUUUGUCAAAGUGCAAUUUCAUACAGUUUACAAUGUUUACAAUCAACGAUGUAAAAAAAAAUAUUUUUAUAUGCAAUUAUAAUUUUUUAUCUAAAAAAAUUUUUGCAACGUUUCUCGAUCAACAAUUUUUAGAAAAAAAAAAAAUUUUUGUAAAUAAUUAUUUUUUGAGUAUUUUUAUUUUCAAUCAUUGUAAACUUCCCCGAUUUCAUUUCUUUCAGAAUUUUAUUAGUUUUUAGAAAAUAAAAAGGAAAAAUUUAUAUAUAUUUUUUUUAAAAGAUUUACGCCGUUUUACAGUCAUUGAAAAAGUAGAGGUCGUAUAAUUCUCAAAAAUAGUACAGAUAUUUAUUUUUGUUAAAAAAGAUAGAAACUUUUUUCUCAACAAAGUGUAACAAAAUACAAAAUGUAUUUUAAAAAUUCAAAUUACAUUAUUUUGCUAGUUCAUUUGAAAAAAAGACAGUAUAUUUUUUUAUGUAUUACAUAUUUUACUAAUUUCAGUCAAUAUCUGAUCAUAUUUGGUAUCAAUUUACAAUCCAAGUUAAAUCAACAUUACGUAGACAACAUUUUCGUUUAUCUUUCUUUAAGGUAUGAAAGAUAAAUAAAAAAAAAAUGUUUACGCGAUUCUAAAAUUGCAUUGUAAAUUCUGCCAAAAAAAAAUUAGAACCAAUAUUAGAAAUGAAGUCAUAAACACGAAAUACAAACUUUAAUGAUUUGGGAUUUUUUUUCUAUCCCUGUGUUAUAGAAACCAAAUACUUGAAUUAAAGUACUUUCACGUUUCAUAGCUUCAUUUUGUUUGAUUUGAAAUUUUUUGAAAUAUGUAAAAGCACAAUGGAGAAAAAAAAAUAAACUUGAAUAUAAAUUUUUCAAUUAAUUUAUAAAACUAUUUUUUACAUGUUAUAGAAAAAUCUUGAUCUCUAAAACUGAAAUAGAUUUAGAGAGUAAUUGAGAACUUAAAUUAUAAAUCGAGAAUCUUUUUACAGAUGUACUUAAUAUUUAAAAGAGAAAAUGAAAAAUGACGUACAUAAAUUUUUCACUAUUUUGAAAUAUUCAAAUUUGAAUAAUUAUAAAUAAAUCGUGUUUUUUAAAAUUAACAAUAGUUUCGUAAAAAAUUUUAAAAAAGACUCGUUAAUUUGAAUAAAAAGUAACUAAAUUAACUAAAAUAUUGUAUACAGAGUGGAUAAUAUAAAUAUUAUGCCUCAUUCAAAUUUCUAAGCCUGUCGCAGUGCCAUUUGUACAAAUGAUUCUAUGCGCUCAAUAAUUGCUGAACAACAAGCUUUUGAAACGAAUAAAAAAAACAACGGAAUAAAUAUAAUUCCGCUGUUUUGUAAUGAGAUUAUUAAUUCGCACAGGUUGAUUUAAUUUUUAUAACUUCGUUGUGUUGUUGUAUGGUUGCCAGAAUUAAUUUUUUGAAAAAAAAAAAAAAAAAAUAGAAUAAAAGUUAAUGAGCUACGAAUGUUGGACCGAAAAGAAAAAAAAUGGAUGGAAAUUGUUAAAUGUUUAUUAGUAUAUAUGUAUUUAAGAACAUAUUUUAAUUUUAAUCGUACAGUUAUACAAAAAGUAAAAAAACAAAUAGUCGGAAAAAGUUUUCAAGUGAAAAUUUAGCUUUUUUUUUAAUAAAUUGCAUUAAUGGCGAAAACAAGAAUAUAUAUAUGAAUGCAUAAUAUCUUAAAGCUAGUCAUUUGAGAGGAUUAAUAAAUCUUUACAUCAAGCUCCUUUUUUUUCAUAUUAUAUCGCAAUUAUAAAAUGCUUCAAUAUAUUCGACUUAUAUUUUUGUUCUCACCAUUUAAAUAAUAUUUUUAAAAAAAGUUUGUCGACUAAUAUGACUGACUUGCAUAUAUUUCUUUUUUUUAUUAAUAUGAAAGUUUCCGUUGUUCAAUGUUCAUACGUAAAUUUAAUGUAGAAAUUUUUAAUAGUAAAUAGUAUUUCAGACAAAAAAUGUAUUUUUUAAAAAAACUUUUUUAUAUGAAAUUUAUUUUUCAAGAAAAAUUAAUUUUCAAUUUAAAUAUUUUACAUGUGUUAAAAUACAUUUUUUUCAAAUUUUUAUACAUUGUUAUUUUUUUUUUUUUUGUAUACAAACUAUACAUAAAAAUAUUAUGCUGCCAGUAAUAAUGCAGUCAAUUUAGUAAAUAUUAUCGAAAAAAAAUUUUUUUCUGAAAUAUUUAAAAAUGUCAAGUGUAUUUUUUUUUAAAAAAAUAAUUUUUUUCUACAGUAAAUAGUUAUGACAUUGAUUUAAUAAACGGAAAAAAUAUUUUUUAAUAAAUUUUUAUGUUGGAAUUUUCAAAAUUUUGUUUUGACUCAAUUUAAAAAAUCAAUAACCAUCCUAACGUUUUUUUUUAAUCGGCAAAACGAGCUUAUAAUUUUUAGUGUUAAUUGGAAAGAAAAUUGAAAUAAAAUCAAGAGAUUUUUUUUAAUAAAAAAAAAAAAAAAUGAGUAAAAUUUAUUAAUAGGAUAUUGACGAAUGAAAGAAGAAGUUAAUUAGUAAGUGAUUUAUAUAAUAGUGAAUUUGGUAGCUUAUGCAAUUUUAUUAUUAUUAUUAUAUUUUGUAUCCUAUUUGUCACAGUAUAAUUUUUCAAAAAAAGAAAAAAAACGAAGCAUGCUCAUUUAAACAUUGUAUAUGUAAAAAAAAAACAAUUUUCCAAGCAAAACUUUUCAGACUAUAUAUAAAUUUGUCUAUUUUUAAGAUUUUAUAUAUCUUCUCCAUUGUAAAUAGAACCUACUCUAUUAUCUAUUUUUGUUAUAUAUAUUAUAUAUAUAUAUAUAUUUAUAAAUGAAAAAGUACUUCAUUGCACAUGAAAUAAUAGCUUAAGUGUAAUUUUUAAGCGAAAAUUUUGAUUAAAAAAAAAAAAAAAAAUGAAAAAAAAACCUCGACUAUUAAAUAAGAUAGCCAAUGAUUUAUGUAUAUGUACGUGAAAAUGAGGUUUAUUUCAAUAAUAAUAAUAAUAACAGGUUUUUAUAGAAAUAGUUACAAUAUUAACUAUAACUUUGCUUUAAGCUUUUACAUUCAUAUUUUUAUGUAAUCAAACUUUGUAUAAUUUAGUGGAAAUAGGUGAUAGGUUUUUAAGACGCCUUAUAAAAAUUAAUCAUUUUUUUUUUUUUUUAGUUUGUCGCCAUAUUCGCAGGGAGUUCAAAUGAAAAAUUUUUGUGAUAGGUACUAUGUACGGCUUUCGGCAUUUUUAAAACCGGAAUGAAUCGAAUAAUUGAAUGUGAUAUCACUUCUGAAUUUUCAAAAAUAGUAAUUUUUUCAUUUUCCUUUUAAUAAUAAUUUUUUAUAUUAUUGUUAUGGCAAUAUUAGUGCAAUGACUGAAAAGAAAAGGAUUUGAUUUCUAUUAAAUUUUUCAUAGUAAGAAAAAAUUAGACUGUGAUUGUUAAAUAUCUUUUCAGAAAUGUGACUCUUUAGUCUAACUAAAUUAAAACGUAUGAAAAUUUCUAGAUACUUUUGUAUCAUUAUCGAACAAUUAAAUCGAAAAGAAAUGUAUUCCAGUGAGGAAAAAAAAUAUUUUUUUUUUCAUUUUUAAUAAACUGGAAUUGAAUAUUUAUAAAAUUUGAACUCCUUGUGUUAAAUGGUUGGAAUAACGACGAGCCAUUCUUCCAAAUGUUUUUGUCCCUUUUUACAAAUUUUUUGUAAAAAAAAUUAUGCUCCAUAAUAUAUCGCUGUUUUGUUUUGAAGAUAACGUUAUAUCAAUAUGCUAAUGAUAGCUAUACUAAUCGAGAUCUUGUACAGAGUAUUGUAAAAUAUAUUUUUACUACUUUCUUGUUUCGUUUUUAUUAUUUAUUUCAGUAUUCUUAUAUAUAUAUUAUUAUUAUUAUUUCUGAUUCACUGACCAUUAUGUGCCAUGAAUCCUUGCCAUUUUUUAUGCGUAAAGAACAAUUUAUUUUCAAUACUCAUACACGUAUCAAUUCUGUAUUAUUUAAAAAGAAAAAAAAACAAUAGUAAACAUUCUAUUUUAUCUCUAAAAUAUAGGUAUCGACUCAGUGCGCAAUGGCCUUUACUUUAUGAUGGUGAUUAUUAUACUGAAAUAUAUAAUAUUUGUAUCAAUUUAA